AGCCAUCACAAUUCUAUAAACAAAUUCACUUCCAUCAUGAUGAACGGUCCGUUUUUCAGAAGCUACUUAAACCAACAGCCGUCACGCUCUGCCCGAUCCGUGCCAGUUCACCAAACUCAAGUCAGAUCGUCGCCAAAGGUUAUUUCUGUGCCAGUUCACUUCGUUUCAUCUGAGCAACCGCCGACGACACUAUCGAUGUCGAAGCCUUCGGCAGCGAUUAAGAUUCAAAGACUGUUCAGAGGCUUUCUGGUGAGAAAGAGCGUGAAGAAGAUCACAUCAAUUAGAAACGAGGUUAGUGAAAUUGAAGGGAGAAUUGACGACAUCGAAGUUGCUGAUUUGAUUCGGAGAGAUGCCAAAGAGCGAUUGAGGGUGAAUGAAACCCUCAUGUCUUUGCUUUUCAAAUUGGAUUCGAUCCGUGGUUUUGAUUGUGGCGUUAGGGAGUUGAGGAAAGCGGUUACAAGGAAGGCGAUUGCAAUUCAGGAGAAGGUGGAUUCAAUUGCUAACCAAACCCUGGACUCCCCAAACGACGACAUUAAUCUUGACAAUGUUUGUACAAGUACCUCAGAACAGGACACGAAAACAUCUGGUUUUCCUGAUAAGGUUGUUGACGGAGAUGGAGAUGGAGAUGGUGAUCUCAUAAAGGAAGUCGCCGAUGAUUGCAAUCUGAUAAAGGCUGCAGAUGGGCGUGGAAUAGAGGAUGGUAGGAAUACCAGUCCCGCAAAUGAUUCAAGUGAAGAUGGGAAAGAGGAUCAUACAGCUUCAAUGGAAGUGCAUGAAGAUACUGGAGGAAAUUGUAAAAACGGAAGCAGAGAACUCACAGUGAAGCUGAUGGCUGAUAAUGAGAAGAUAAUGAAACUAAUGAUGCAGAUCUCCGAGAGGAAUGAGAUGCAGACCCGAAUGAUUAACUCUUUAAGUCGAAGAGUAGAGCAGUUGGAGAAGGCAUUAAUGACUGAGAAUCUAAGGAGGAAGAAGAAAACACGGGUUGCUUUGAAGAGGAGAGAUGGUAUCGACAUUUGAGGUUGGUGGAAACGUUUCUUAAAUUUGUGAUGCAUGGUGUCCAAUCUCCUAUAAGGUUUUCUGAAUAAUAUCCGUGUUUGGUUUCAAGUGCUUGUUCUCAUUCGUAGGAAUCGUGCAAUAGGUUAAGAUUUGUAGUUGAUCUUAAUUUCUCUGUUUCAAUUAUUGGUGAUGUAAUAAAGCUUUAUUUUUUAUUGUAUUCAAAGAACCAUUUUUCCUUUU